AUGCUCAGGGCUGAAAAAGAUGCUUAUGAUGAGAAGUUUUCCUUAGGGAUGUUGGUGCUGAUAGAGUCUCUGCUGUUUGGGAGAUACAAGGAGUACAAGUUUCCGAGAAGUUUCAUAGAGAGAGCGCAAGACAUGAACACUAUGAUGAACUAUCAUUGGGGGAGGGAAGCGUAUGAGUUGCUCUUAGCAUCCAUCAAGUCAAGGGUGCCUUCGCAUUUGGAUAAAGCGAAGUAUGUUCUUCAGGGUUACCCUUUUGCCUUCCACUUGUGGUUGCUAGAGUCGGUCCCUAUGCUACAGACUGCCUUCUCAACAGUCAGCAACAGUAUUUCGUCCUCUGCAUUCUUAUGUGAGAAGUACCUUUACACAACAUCUCCUUCAAUAAACCAAGUUCUCACCAUAGAAGGAUCACCUGAUAUGAAGGUGAUCUUCAAAUUGCCUGCUAUAUCAGGUGAUGCUGAGGACAUAGUCUGCAUAGAAGACGAAGAUGAUCCUGACCUUGAAGAACUUGCUGAAAUUCUUACAAGAGGCUACUCCCUGAGCUUAGGAAAUUGGGUAAAUAAAAAAAUUGAUCUAGUUGAUGCCCUAGAGACCAUUGGAUUAAACUCUGUCAUGGUUCAUAAUGCGGAGACUUUUGAAGCUUCAAGUUCAGUUUUUAAUACGAGGGCAGAGAUACCUUCUUCUUCGCAUUCAACGAUUAUGGCAAAGCUGGACAGUAUUAUUUUAAUGGUUAAAGAAAGUAACCUUAGGAUCUUUGAUCGAUUGCAUAAGAUAGAAGAGAAGCUGGGAAUAGAUUGGGAAGAUGAAGUUACCGAAUCCGAAGGUGGUUACCAGAGAACACCUGUGCACAAGGGGAGUUCAGCAACGGUUGUAGCUGACGAUGUAGACUCAACUGAAGCGGAUGACUCAACUGAAGACGAAAACAUGGAUGAUACACAAGUUGAAGAUAGUCAACCAACAGAGGAGAUUCCCCAAGUCAAACAACAAUACCUGAAGGGACACCAACACAAGAGAUCCCCCACAACACAAGAAAUACCUGAAGCUGAGGGAGAUCCAGGACAGGUGCCAACACAGGAGAUCUUUUUUACUGCUGAGAGUGAAAAAGAGUUGGCAGAUUCAAAUUCGGAGAAACAGGAUACUCAGCUGAUGAACGAUGAUGAGACAACAGAGAGUAGCAAAGAACAGGAGGAGGCCCAAACACAGAUGGAAAAGGAUGAGAGGACCCAACCAAUGGAGGAGCAACAAACUGUACAAACCCCACCUGUGAUAUCGACAUCCAUGGAGACGGUUGGAGGCAAUGAACCCGCGGAGAUGGACAAUGAUGAUUGGAGCCAAGAAAAUAAUGAAACUACAGUACAAACCCCGCCCGUGGUUGCAUCCACGGAGACGGUUGCAGACGCGGGACAAACAGGAAUGGACAAGGAAGAUUGGACCCAACCAAUGGAAGAGCAACAAACUGUACAAACCCCGCCUGUGAUAUCGACAUCCAUGGAAACAAUUAGAGGCAAUGAACCCACAGAGAUGGACAAUGAUGGUGGGAGCCAAGAAAAAAAUGAAACUACAGUACAAACCUCGCCUGUGGCUACAUCAACGGAGCCGGUUGCAGGCACUGAACCCACGGAAGUUGACAAUGAUGAUGGGAGCCAAGAAAAGGAUGAAACUACGGUACAAACCCCGCUGGUGGUUGCAUCGACGGAGACGAUUGUAGGCGAGGGACAAACAGAAGUUGACAAUGAUGAUGGGAGCCAGGAAGAAAAUGAAACUACAAAUGUUAAGGGAACAAAUUCUAUGGCUAUUGUUUUAUGGCAACCAUCACCAAGUGGGGCGGGAAAUCAGAGGGAUGAGGUUGCUUCGGAGAAGAAGGGAUUAUCCUUCCAGAAGUAUACAGCAUCUGUUGUUGCUAUGGAUACAAGUGCUAACAAAGAGUCUGCUGCUGAACUCCAAAAACAUGUGAAGGUUGUGGAUGUGUUGAGGAUCCGUCCUACUGUUGCAAACACAAAAGCAAAGGAGAAGAGAGUUGAUGAUGAAAGUGAUCGUCCGGCUAAGUGGUUGAAAACGUUUCUAAGGAGGAGCAACCGAGACCCAAAACAAAAUAAGAGUACAGAAAGUCCCUUCAGAGCGCCGCCAAACCCAGCUCUAAUCACGACUCCUGAACCAAAUCCUAUGUUGGAUCUGUUUCAAUCCCCAGGAUAUGAGCUCCUAUCAGCUUAUCAAGAUUGGAUGGAUAAUGACGAGACAGUAAGCAUUGGUGAAAUCCAAGCAAAUGGAGCUUGGUUCAGGAGACUGGAGAACCCAUCAACUCGUGUUAACGGACAGGAGGUAGACGCAGCAAUGAUGCUAUUCAAUGAUAAACGAGAGGAGCAUGCAGCUUAUUUCCACAACAAUCGAUUCCCAAGGGCUGCUUUCUGCAACUCAAUGUUCUUCAGUGAGCUGUUAGAUUUCCACAACAUUUUGAAGAAACCUCGGUGCAAGAAAGAUUUUCCUGAAAAUGUGAUUGAAGUUGUAAAGGGGAACAAGUAUCCAAACAAAAACUGGAAGAAGGAUGUUGAUUUCAUCUAUGGAAUGGUUAAACCAAAGACUUCUCUACACUGUAUUGGUUUAGCGAUAGAUAUGAAGAAGAGGCGAGUCGAGUGUUUUAGCUGCAGACAUCCAAAAGAGCCAAAGGCAAGUAUUUUACAGGUCGCCAAUGAUAUCGUAGAGAUGAUCCAUGCACUACUUUGUGUUGCAGAAAAAAUAAAGCCAAUGCAGAAUCUCGUUCCAUUCGAAGUGGUAUAUGAUUUUGAGGAAACAGUUGCAAAGUCCAGCACAUUAUCCAACUGUGGCAUCUUUGUACUCAAGAUGAUUGAGUGCCACUCUGUGAAGAUUGAGGAUUUUUCAAGAAUUUGUGAUGAAGUUGUUCAAGAUCUGAGGAGCAAUCUGAGGAAGCAACAUCCCGAAAUUGUGGUUUACGAUGGCUAA